GCCGUGCUGGACGUGUUUCCAAAGGGUAUUGUUAUAGGCUUGUACACAAGGACUUCUGGACAGACUUUAUUCCAGAGAAAUCAGUACCUGAGAUACUGCGUUGUCCAUUGGGAACUACAGUCUUAAAAAUAAAAAAGCUUGAUAUGGGGGAACCAAAAUCCUUGCUGGCAACAGCUCUUUCUCCACCUAGUGUAGGUGACAUUGAACGUACAAUACUUCAGCUGAAAGAGCUGGGAGCACUGACAACUUGUGUGCAAAGAGAAGAAAAUCCAUAUGAUGGUGAGCUGACUUUCUUAGGAAGGAUAUUGGCACAGUUGCCAGUGGAUCUGCAUCUUGGAAAAUUGAUAGUCCUUGGGCAUGUCUUUGGGUGCUUAGAAGAAUGCCUUAUCAUAGCUGCAGCACUCUCUUUGCGGAAUUUUUUUGCAGUACCUUUCAAACAGCAUGUCGAUGGAUACAGGAACAAAAUGUUUUUUGCUGGGAAUAGUAAGAGUGACUGUAUUGCAGUUGUGAAUGCAUUUAAAGCAUGGCAGGCCUGCAGAGAAAAAGGGGAGUUGAGACAUCCCAAGGAAGAGCUUGAGUGGGGUCGAUCAAAUUGUAUUCAUAUCAAGAAAGUCAGAGAGGUGGCAGAGUUAUUUCACAACCUGAAAAAGCGAGUUAGAGCAUUUAACAUGUGUGUUAAUGCUCAACCAUCUGCAAUGGAUCAGGAAUGUAUAUACAAACAACGCUUCAUUUUGCAGGUUGUAAUAGCUGGUGCUUUCUAUCCAAACUACUUUACUUUUGGAAAAUAUGAUGAAGAAAUUGCUGUGAGAGACCUUGCUGGCAAAGAUCCAAAAACCACUAUAAUGCUGAAGAAUGUUCCUCCCUAUGGAUAUCUAUACCAUAAACAGUUGCAGUCACUGUUUAGACAGUGUGGCCAGGUAAAAUCUAUUGCCUAUGAUGGAUCAAAGGCUUUUGUGGAGUUCUCCCGUAAUCCAAUGGAGGGCUUUAAGAUUCUUCCUGCAGUGUACCUGUCAAUCAAGAUGUCACAGCUGAAAAUUCCUCUUGAGCUGAAUGUUUAUUAUCCAGAUGAUAUUGAAAGGCAAUUGCAAGAUGUGAGAGCUGCAGGUGUGGAAUCUCUAAGAGUAAAUGUGGAUUGUCAGAAGCAGACAGUGGAGCCUGUGGAAAUCUCAUUUGGUACUUUACACCAGUCAAAGAUGAUCCCAAAUCGCCUUCUGUCAAUCAAGAUAACAGAGAUAGUAGAAGUUGGACACUUCUGGGGUUACAGGAUAGAUGAAAAAAAUAGAACUGUACUCCAGGCUCUAACUGCUGAAAUUAACUACCAGAACCUGAUGGAUUUGCCAGUGUCUCCACAUCCAGAGUUGGUUUGUCUGGCACCAUUCACUCAGCUGGAAAACAGAGGAUACUAUAGAGCUCGUAUUCUGUAUGUUUGUGGAGAUUUUGCUGAGGUUUUUUUUGUGGAUUAUGGCAAUAGAUCAAAAGUGCCUUUAAAGAAAUUAAAAGAGAUUCCAAGCUGUGUUAGAGAGCUUCCUUUCCAG